CUCCCGCCGCCCCGCACUGCCCAGCGCGCCACCGGGACACGGCAGGGCACGGCGUGAACCGGGACCGGAGGCCAGGGAGACCCGCGGGCCAUGGCAGGAAAAGCCCACAGGCUGAGCGCGGAGGAGAGGGAGCAGCUGCUGCCAAACCUGAGAGCCGUGGGGUGGAACGAGGUGGAAGGCAGAGAUGCCAUCUUCAAGGAAUUCCACUUCAAGGACUUCAACCGGGCCUUCGGCUUCAUGACCAGAGUUGCUCUACAGGCAGAAAAACUGGAUCACCACCCCGAAUGGUUCAAUGUGUACAAUAAGGUUCACAUCACCUUGAGCACCCACGAGUGUGGAGGCUUAUCAGAGAGAGACAUCAACUUGGCAAGCUUCAUCGAGCAGGUUGCAGCUUCUCUCUCCUGACCAGACAGACACAUGAAGCUGAGGAUCAGCUCUCACUGCCACAACCCACCUCUCAUUCUGGACAGCUGCACCCAGAGCC